CUCUUUCCUCCCCGUCCUCUCCCUCUCUUUUCCCUCCUUCCUUUUUGGCUCUCCUCCCUCUUUUGCUCGGCGGCGCCUCGAGGAGGAGGAUUGAGAGAGAGAAAGAGAAAGAGAAGAAGAAGAAGGAGCGGAGGAAGCCUUUCGGGGAUGGUGUAGCCGGGACCCGCCGCCGGGAGCGAUGCUGGCCCUGGCCGUGCUUUGGGUCUUCACCGGAGCCGCCUUCGCCCAAGUUCUACAGACGCGCUUCAUCGAAGAGCCCGAGGACCAGACCGUGGUGUCCGGGCAGCGGGUGGUGCUCUCCUGCGUGGUGCUGAACUACUCGGGGAUCGUGCAGUGGACCAAGGAUGGCCUGGCCCUGGGCAUGGGGCAGGGCCUCAAAGCCUGGCCACGAUACCGGAUCAUCGGGCUGGCGGAACUGGGCCAGUACAACUUGGAGAUCGUGGAUGCGGAGCUCUCCGACGACGCCUUGUAUGAGUGCCAGGCUACAGAAGCCGCCCUGCGGUCCCGGCGGGCGAAGCUGACUGUCCUGAUCCCUCCGGAAGACCCCGUGAUCGACGGAGCCCCCGAGAUCCUCUUGCGGGCAGGGACGCCCCAUAACCUCACGUGUCGGGCUCGCAACGCCAAACCCGCGGCCACCAUCGCCUGGUUCCGGGAUGGGAUGCAGCUGACCGAAGCCGUGACCGUCACGGAAGUGUUGCCUGAUGGCAAGAGGGAGACAACCACAAGCCAGCUGCCCAUCAACCCCACCGAUCUGGACAUCGGAAGGGUGUACGUUUGCCGGUGCACCAAUGAGGCCGUCCCUGCCGGCAAGGAGACCUCCAUCAAGCUCAAUGUUCACCACCCUCCAACUGUGACGCUGUCCAUCCAGCCCCAGACGGUGCAGGAAGGAGAGCGUGUCACCUUCACCUGCUUAGCCACCGCCAACCCAGAGAUCAAGGGCUACAGGUGGGCCAAGGGAGGGCUGAUCAUUGAGGACGCCAGAGAGAGCCGUUACGAGACCCAGGUGGACUACACCUUCUUCACGGAGCCAGUCUCCUGUGAGGUCCACAACGACGUGGGCAGCACCAACGUCAGCACACUGGUGGACGUCCAUUUCGCACCUCGCAUCGUGGUGGAUCCAAAGCCCAUGACCACCGACAUCGGCUCGGACGUGACGCUGACCUGCGUGUGGGUGGGCAACCCGCCCCUGACCCUCACCUGGACCAAAAAGGAAUCCAACAUGGUCCUCAGCAACAGCCACCAGCUGUAUCUCAAGUCCGUGACGCAGGCGGAUGCCGGGCAAUACGUCUGCAAGGCCAUCGUCCCCCGAAUCGGGGUGGGAGAGCGCGAGGUGGCCCUCACCGUCAACGGUCCCCCCAUCAUUUCCAGCGAAUCAGUCCAAUACGCCGUACGGGGUGACCGAGGAAAAGUGGAAUGUUUCAUCCGGAGCACGCCUCUCCCCGACCGAAUUGCUUGGGGUUGGCAGGAGAAGACCUUGGAGACGGGGACCCUGGAGCGCUACACGGUGGAGCGGAGCAACAACGACAACGGGGUGCUCUCCACCUUGUCCAUCAACAACGUCAUGGAGGUCGACUUCCAGACGCGAUACAACUGCACGGCUUGGAACAGCUUCGGGUCCCGGACGGCCAUCAUUCAGCUGGAGGAGGAAGAGGUUACACCGGUGGGCAUCAUCGCCGGAGCCACCAUCGGGGCCGGCAUCCUGGUCAUCUUCUGCUUCGCCGCCUUGGCUUGCUUUCUCUACCGGCGACGGAAAGGGAGCAGGAAAGAUGUGACUUUGCGGAAGCUGGACAUCAAGGUGGAGACCGUCAACCGGGAGCCUCUGACUUUGCAUUCGGACCGGGAAGAAGACACGGCCAGUGUCUCUACGGCCACCCGGGUCAUGAAGGCCAUCUACUCGUCAUUCAAAGAUGACGUGGAUUUGAAGCAAGACCUUCGCUGUGACACCAUCGACACCCGGGAAGAGUAUGAGCUGAAGGACCCCACCAACGGCUACUACAACGUGCGUGCCCACGAGGACCGUCCGUCUUCCCGCACGGUGCUCUACGCCGACUACCGCAACCCCAACACCACCACGCGCUUCGACGGCCGGCCUUCCUCCCGCCUCUCCCACUCCAGCGGCUACGCCCAGCUCAACACCUUUGGCCGUGGGGCCGCCACGGAGUACAACCCGGACCCCGGACCCACUCCCGGCGGCGUGGCGGCCACCACCGCUGCCCCCGGUGCCGCCGACACGGCCAGCCAGCUUUCCUACGAGAACUACGGCGGGCACGCCGGUUUCCCCACCGGCGCCGGCUACGCCACGUACCGCAUGGCCUACCCGCAGCCGCCCAACCCCGCCUACGACACGUACGACCCGCUGGGGAAAUACACCACCGCCACCCGUUUCUCGUACUCGUCGGACUACGGGCAGCGGUUCCAGCAACGGAUGCAGACGCACGUCUGAAGCCGACUUGGGGGGGGACGCGGUUCGGGGAGGGGGUGCGGGUGGGAGGGGACUUGCAGGUACCUCAUGACUGUUCCCUGAUAUUCAGGGGCAUGUUUUGUUUUUUUCUUCCCCACCUUCACCCCACUUACUGGGAUCCGUCUCCUUUCUCUUUCCCCGGCACACCUUUCUCUUCUAUUUCUUAUUUCCAAAUCCGUUUCAGGGAAUCGGGAGGAAAAGAAGAGGGCACGGACCAUGCUUUAUCCCUUUGGAGCAUUGGUUCCCAAACUUAUUUGGCCUGCCGCCCCCUUUCAAAAAUAAAUAUUACUCAGCACUCCCUAGAAAGGGGUGUGGCUUAGAGGGGUGGGCGUGGCUCCUGAUCAAGAGGGCGGGGCUGAGCCUCUCCCCUAGUCCAAGAUGCAGGGCUGCGAGGGGAGGUGGGCGGGGCCAGAAAUGGGCAGCCAGGACAGGGAUGGGCGGAGUUACGAGCUCUGAGUCAGGGCUGAGCUUCUAUCCCUGUCCUGCAGCGCAUGCCAGGACACAUGGGCGGGGCUAGAGGAGGGGGCGGGGCCUCUUCCCAAUUUACUGACCGGGCUGAACCUCCAUACCCUGACCCCGUGUUCUAACAAGCACUUCAGGGGAGAUAUAGAGGCUCAGCCCUGUCUCGGGCUCUUGGGAAGAGGCCCCGCCCCUAGCCCUGCCCUUUUGUCUAAAAGGCCUCUCAGGAGAGGUAUAGAGGCUCAGCCCUGUCUCACACUCUUUGAAGGAGGCCCCACCCCCUUCCCUAGCUCCGCCCUCUGUGUCCCAACAAGCACCUCAGGGGAGGUAUAGAUGCUCAGCCCUGUCUCGGGCUCUUUGAAGAAGCCACACCCACCCCUCUAGCUCCGCCCCCUGUGUCCUAAAAGUCGCCCCAGGUGCUCAGCCCUGUCUCCGGCACUUGGGAAGAGGCCCCGCCCCUCCUCUGGCCCCGCCCCGUGUCCUAAUAGGUGCCAUCACCGGCCCCCUGGAUCGCUGCAGCCCCCACCAGGGGGCGGUAGCGCCCACUUUGGGAAUCACUGGUUUAAGCCUCUCUGCUAGGAGUUGUAGUUUUACAAGAUUUUUAGCCUUCUCUGCCCAAGAGCAUUCACCAUACUAUAACUCACAGCAUCCCAUAGCCUUGAGCGUGGCAGUCAUAGUGGUGCCAGUCUAUUGAACUGGAUUAUAUGAGUCUACACUAGCCAUUAGGGUUGUCCAAAAAAUCGUUUUGAUUCUUAUAUCGAAAUUAUUUCGGAUUGUUCUCGCUUUUUGAAUCGAGUUCUGAGACGUUGUCCCUGGGCACAACCAGCAAUGUAAUUUGAACCAUCGUUGGCCCAUUCUCUAAAUUUGUCUUAAUGUUUCGUUAAUUUUUUUUCCCCAAAAUAUCAUAAAAGACAGGAAAUGUUCUGCAAUUUGUUGAGCAAAGACUGUUGAAUGUGAUCUCCCACUGUACCAAAUUUGAUGAGGAUAGCUCCAGAAAUGAGGGGCGGGAGAGCCCUGUAAAAGUCCCCCCCCAGUUCCCUUUUUUUUUUUGGGACUGCGCAUGCGCGUCCGCCAUUUUAGAAACAUUUAGAAUCAUUACGAAUUUUCGGAAAUAUCCGAAAUUUUUGGGUAAAAAAUUCAGAAAUACUUUCUAUAUCGAAGCGCCGGCACCCUCUACUUUAGAAACAAGAAAUGAAACAUUUUUUCCAUCGAUCGGACAUGCCUACUAGUGCAGUUUCAAACUCUGUAUCCAUGGAGAAAACAGCUAAUCCUAUUGAAAUGAAGGACUUCCAGCCCAGGGACACCAUAGAGUCAAGCCGAAAAAAUGUAUUGGGCCCCAUUAAUACAGGGAUUGUGUGAAUUGUAGUACCGCUCUCAUUUCAGCACAUCUAUAGAAAUCUUGACUUGAUCCUAUCACAUGUCCCAUCACCCCAAACCGUGCUUCUCUUCUCUUUCUUUGACCGCCAAACUUUUGCGCUUGAGACGCAAAGGAUUGACUUAAAGCAGCAGUUCCCUUCUGGCUUUAUCUCUUUUCUCCAUCUGAUCUUUCCCUGGUCUCCACUAUGACAUUAAUGCAGUUCUAAACUACUUUAACUACUGUGAAGCCUGGGCGUUGUUUGGUAGAGAAGGCUCACGACCAUGUAAAACUACAACACCCAUUGUCCCAUAGCAUUACGCCCCAUUAUCUAUCAAACUGCAUGGAUUCAACAGAAUAGAUGCACUCGUGUCAAUCUUCAGCUCCUACAGUGCCAUAUAAAAUCCAGAUUAUCUGUUGGCAGUGUAGACUCAUAUAAUCCGGUUCAAAGCAAUCAAUGUGGAUUAUCUUCUUUGAUAAUGAGGAUUAUUAAUGCAAUGUAGAAGGGGCCUUAGAUCCACCGAAAUUAAGAGUAGGACCGUUGCCGAAGGCUUUUGUGGCCAGAAUCACUUUCUUGCUGUGAGUUUUCCGGGCUGUAUGGCUAUGUCCCAGAAGCACUCUCUCCUGAGGUUUCGCCCACAUCUAUGGCAGGCAACCUCAGAAGUUGUGAGGUCUGUUGUGGGUGAAAUGUCAGGAGAGAGUGCUUCUGUAUAGCCUGGAAAACACACAGCAAUCCAACCAAGAACAGGAUUCUGUGGAUUUUUUUGCCUUUUUUUCCAUGUCCCUUCAGCACCCCCUAAUGGCCAUUCAGGCUACUGCAGCCAUGCUCACUGCAGAAUGAUAUCACUUUCUUAUUCUGCUUUAAGUGCCAUCUAAGGAAUCCUUAGAUUCCUUAGAAAGUCUUUUCCCUAAGCCUUGGGUUCCAGUCCUGGAUGACAACAACAACAACAACAACAAUAUAAUAAUAAUAAUAAUAAUAAUAAUAAUAAUAAUAUAAACGUCAAUCCUAGGAUCCAAUUGGAUGGAACCAUGGCAGUAAAAGUGGAAUUGUAGUACAGUAGAGUCUCACUUAUCCAAGCCAAACGGUCGGCAGAACCUUGGAUAAGCGAAUAUCUUGGAUAAUAAGGAGGGAUUAAGGAAAGGCCUAUUAAACAUCAAAUUAGGUGAUGAUUUGACAAAUUAAGCACCAAAACAUCCUGUUACACAACAAAUUUGACAGAAAAAGGAGUUCAAUACGCAGUAAUGUUAUGUUGUAAUUACUGUAUUUACGAAUUUAGCACAAAAAUAUCACGAUAGAUUGAAAACAUUGACGACAAAAAUGCCUUGGAUAAUCCAGAAGCUUGGAUAAGCGGGGCUUGGAUAAGUGAGACUCUACUGUGUUGGUGUUUCCUUCUCUAUGAGGUUUUGAGCAGAGACUUGCUGGCCAUCUGUCGGGAAGGCUUUGAUUGUGUCUCCCUGCAUGGCAGAAUGGGGUGAGACUGGAUGGCCUUUGUGACCCAACUCUAAUAAGGUUCAGAAUAUAUUGGAGUUUCCUUCUCUGGAAGUUUUUAAGCAGAGGCUGGAUGGCCAUCUGUCGGGAGGGCUUUGAUUGUGUGGCAGAAUGGGGUUGGACUGGAUGGCCUUUGGAGCCCCUUUCAACACUAACUUCCAACUCUAAUAAGAUUCAGAAUAUAUUGGAGUUUCCUUCUCUAUGAGGUUUUGAGCAGAGACUUGCUGGCCAUCUGUCGGGAAGGCUUUGAUUGUGUCUCCUUGCAUGGCAGAAUGGGGUUGGACUGGGUGGCCUUUGGAGCCCCUUUCAACACUAAUACUCAGAAUAUAUUGGAGUUUCCUUCUCUGAAAGUUUUUAAGCAAAAGCAGGAUGGCCAUCUGUCGGGAAGGCUUUGAUUGUGUCUCUUUGCAUGGCAGAAUGGGGUUGGACUGGGUGGCCUUUGGAGCCCCUUUCAACACUAACUUCCAACUCUAAUAAGAUUCAGAAUAUAUUGGAGUUUCCUUCUCUAUGAGGUUUUGAGCAGAAACUUGCUGGCCAUCUGUCGGGAAGGCUUUGAUUGUGUCUCCUUGCAUGGCAGAAUGGGGUUGGACUGGAUGGCCUUUGGAGCCCCUUUCAACACUAAUACUCAGAAUAUAUUGGAGUUUCCUUCUCUGAAAGUUUUUAAGCAAAAGCAGGAUGGCCAUCUGUCGGGAAGGCUUUGAUUGUGUCUCUUUGCAUGGCAGAAUGGGGUUGGACUGGGUGGCCUUUGGAGCCCCUUUCAACACUAAAAUUCAAAAUAUAUUGGAGUUUCCUUUUCUAGGAAGUUUUAAGCAGAGACUUGCUGGCCAUCUGUCGGGAAGGUUUUGAUGGUGUCUCCUUGCAUGGCAGAAUGGGGUUGGACUAGAUGGCCUUUGGAGCCCCUUUCAACACUAAUAUUCAGAAUAUAUUGGAGUUUCCUUCUCUGAAAGUUUUUAAGCAAAAGCAGGAUGGCCAUCUGUCAGGAAGGCUUUGAUUGUGUGGCAGAAUGGGGUUGGACUGGAUGGCCUUUGGAGCCCCUUUCAACACUAAUAUUCCUUUAUUGCGGAUGAGUUUCCUCUUUGAAUGCCCGAGUUGUCUCCCGGAUUUUGGUGCCCAUAGCAAACAUCUGGGUCCCUUUUGCAAUGGGUCGUAGCACCCAUCAUCCUUGGCUGGACCUUGCCCCGAAUCCAGAACAUAAGCAAUAACACUUUCGGAAUGUGAUCCCCAAAAAGCAUCCCGUUUUUUGUCCCAAAAGCCCUGCCGCCCCCCGUCUUCUGUAUUUUUAAUUUCCCUCGGAGACAUAUAUCUGUGAGCCCUGGUUUCCUUAUUCUUCGGUUUGUUUUCUAAAUGAUUUUUUUCCCCCUUCAUUCUUUUCAAAACAAAAUAUUAUGUACUAUAUUUUUAGUCUUAAACACGAUAUAUUAUAUAUAUUUAAUUUUUUAUAUAUAUAAAGCUAAAUGUUAAAAAAAAAAGAAAGAAAAAGAACAAA